AAUAUUUCAGUUGAUUUGUAAUGAAUCCAGAAUGCAUGACAUUUUUGUUUUUUUAAUUGCAUUACAGAAAAUAAAGAACUUCAUCACAAUAUUCUAAUUUUCUGAGAGUCCUGUAUGUUGUAUAUAUAUAUAUAUUUUAUUUUAUAUUUUGCUUUGUAUGCUUCUAUAUCUUUCAUCCCUGUUUUUUAUAUUUUAUUUUUUAUUCUUGUGUGUUUGGUUUAUUGGUGCUGCUACUGCUAUGACAAAUGUCCCCUUGGGGAUUAAUAAAGUAUAUAUCUAUCUAUCUAUUCUCAGGCUCAUUGGAGGCCGACUUGGCCUCGUGGUGCUAACUGGCCUCCACACAAGGCUUCCUCCACAUGCAGAAACUAGCCAGGGAAACCAGCCUAAUGAGAUUAUCUAUCAGAGGUGGGCCUGUCUAGACACCCCAAUACACAACCCACCCCCCACCUCCACAGAGGACGCCCCCAGGAGAUCAAGGAGAGCAGAGCUGAAGAGCCACUUGGAUAUCACGGAUACUCGGAUUGCUCAUUGGCCCCUCGGUGCAUGAAGCCUUUUCAAGCUCCUCCUGUGCUCCUGCUGAACCUCGACAAUGCAGUCCAUCAGAGAUUUAAAGCCAAACUUCAGCGUCCCUCCUCCCUCCUCCAUGGCCGCGGGCCCCGAUGCCUAUCUCCAGGGCAACAUCAGGAUGACGAUGGAGGACCCUGAACUCUGGAAGAACUUUUGUGAAAUAGGAACCGAGAUGAUUAUCACCAAACCGGGCAGGAGGAUGUUUCCACACUCUAAGAUUAAUCUGUCGGGCCUUAUUCCAUGUGCCAAGUACAUCCUACUGGUUGACAUGGUCCCUGAAGAUGGUUUCAGAUACAAGUGGAAUAAAGAGAAAUGGGAGGUGGCAGGAAAAGCGGAGCCCCAGCCUCCGUGCCGGACCUACCUCCAUCCCGAAUCUCCGGCCCCGGGGAGCCACUGGAUGAAGCAGUCCAUCUCCUUCCUCAAGCUCAAGCUCACCAACAAUACGCUGGACCAGCACGGCCAUAUCAUUUUGCACUCCAUGCAUCGCUACCACCCGCGCUUCCACAUCGUCCAGGCGGACGACCUGUUCAGCGUCCGCUGGAGCGUUUUCCAGACCUUCACCUUCCCCGAGACGUCCUUCACGGCAGUUACGGCGUACCAGAACACCAAGAUUACAAAGCUGAAGAUCGAUCACAACCCGUUUGCGAAAGGUUUCCGGGAUGAAGGCACGAAUAAGAAAAGGCGCUCAAACAAGAACCCCGUCUGCCCGGACAAACGAUCCAAGACGUCAGAGGACAGUCCAGCAGAUUUCUGCCGCUCGUCGUAUGAGGGCUACGACGGCGAGGGAGGAGACCCGCCCAAAAGGAAAGAGGCCGAUGGCGUCAAAGAGGAGCGUUACUCCCCGUGGGCGGCGGAGCGGGAGCCCGGCGGGAGGACCGGAUCCCCCGCCGGGGCCGACCCCGACCCCAGGGACGUGUACAACGCGGAGCAGCUGGUUCCCGCUCCGGCUUCCUACCAGCCGUACAGGUUCCAGGAGUACGGGAAGUCUCCCUCCCCCUCCUCCAGCGUCGGCAGCAGCAGCCACGGCGGGUCAGGACGCGGCGGCUUCGAGUCCAGAGUCCCCGACGUCGCCACCGUCCCCGAUCACGACCCCUCAAAGCCCCGCGCGCAUGAGGCGGGCCCUUCGGCUUGCGGCCCCCAGCCCCUCGCCGGCCCCCAGGACUACACCGGGGUCCUCAACAUGACCAUGGCCCAGGCCGGCAAGCCGGGGGUGAUCAGCCACCACAUUUACAGCCCGUACGGCGCCGAGCAGCCCCUCCCCCAGUGGAGCGGCCCCGGUCCGGCCCAGUACCCCCCCCCUCAUCACCUGACCGCCGACUACGCCGCGCAAGCCGUGCACCACGGCUAUCACCAUGGCAACGUGGCUGAGUGGAGCCAGUACCCGCUGUUCUCCUACUCCUGCUGGUGAAGGGAUCGUCAACGAUAACUGAUUUUGACCGGCGCCGCCGCCGUCCGGCCCGGGAUGCCGGCGCCGUGCUCACGGCGAUGAGAUUGCAUGCCGAGACGAGGCUCGGGGGCCAGAGGCCCGCGGCAACGAUGGAAGAACUGGAAGACGAGAAGAAGUGUCGCCGCCUUCUGCUCAGAGCGGCACGACUCCGACUCCAGUGACGCCGACCGAAGCCAAAGUGUGCGACGCCGCGCUGUGUUACUGUGCUGUUGUAGAAUUGUCUAUUUAUUUUGUAUUUCAUCUCAUCUCCAAGUUUAAAUAUUAUUUUUGUAAAAAUAAAAUUAAAGAGUAAAACUUAAGUGUGCAAUGUGUGUCCGUCUUCAAAUGGUGAUGUGAUCUGAAAAAUUAAAAAAACAAACAUUCAAGUGA